AUGGAUGUAGAUAAGAACGGUGCACUCGCGGUUAAUGAAGGUCGCGAUGUUGCGCCACUUAUCAACUCUCUCCUCUCCCUCCCAUUCGUAGCCAAGAUCGCCACGCAAGACUGGCAUCCAGCCGACCACAUCUCCUUCGCUUCCAACCAUGCCGACAAGCAGCCCUUCGUCGACUUCGCCACCGUCGUCAACCCUGAUAAUGCCUCCGAGAGCUACUCCACACGCCUGUGGCCCGUUCACUGUGUGCAGAACACCACUGGCGCCGAGCUGAUUCCGGAGCUGGAGGCUGACAAGGUCGAGACCGUAAUCAAGAAGGGCACAGACCCGCGGGUAGAAAUGUACAGCGCUUUCUACGAUCCGUUUGAGGCGCCGAGGGUCAGUGACUCUGGGCUGGCGGGCGUCUUGAAGGAGAAGGGCGUCACACAUGUGUAUGUGGUCGGCCUGGCUUUCGACUACUGCGUAAAAUGUACCGCCAUGGACGCGGCAAAAGAGGGCUUCACCACAUAUGUCGUUGAGGAGGGCACUAGAGCAGUAGAUGCACCAAAGUGGGAGGAGUGCAAAGCAGAGCUGCAACAGAAAGGGGUUGUGGUUGUCAGCGCUGAUGGCCCAGAGGUUGCGAAGCUUAAGGGAUGA